GAGGAAAGGAAAAUGCAGAAAGAAUCUUUUUAUUUCCAAGAAUUAUACAUCGAAGAAUGAUAAGCUUUUGGGCAUCAAAUACAGGUUGCCAUGGUGAAGGAUACAAUACGAAUAUGAUACGYGAAGUUGUGACAACAGUAGAAAAUUGAGAGAAGUCUUAUAUUCCUACUUGCUAAGAUGGACUGGAUCUGUCAGAGAUAUAGAGUGUACAAGUAACUCAURAAACUCCUUCGUGAUUGCUCAGUUGAUUGUGCGAGAGUUAAUUGCUUGGUGUUAAAGUCGUUAUCACUAUAUUGAGCAGCACUUAACAAUGGCCGAAGUUACUUCGCGCAGUUCUUCUGCUGAGAGUGACAGACCCCGGAGUCUUUCAGCAGCAAUGGUMUUUGAGAGAAGCAUGAAUGAAAGCGAGGGAUUCCGUAGCCCUAUGCUGAAACACUUCACCAGGAACAUUAUUAAGAAAUGGAGGAACUCGAAGGAACGUGCUAUAAACAAAAGACUACAUGAAGUCAAGGUCGAGAAGAAGCGAAGAGARGCAGARUCYAAGGAAGUCGCUAGACUUAUUACUCGAACUGUACCACUUGAUCUGCUAGCUAAAGAAUGGUUGAAUAACAAUGCUCUCACGGUCGAUGUAAGAAUAUACCUUGUUGAAAAACUUCUACCAACUCUCAUUCUUGGGAUYGAGAAGUUACUUACUGAGGUGUCUGACAGAAAUCUCGCAGAUUCUGAAGGAUUUUGCAAGGAUUUUAAUCCAAUUAAUAAUUUAGCUCAAUAUCUUAUGAGAAACAACCCCAAAUAUUCCAAUCUGUUGGAAUCUUCUCCAUAUGCUAAAGGCAUGCGGAAAGUAAUCGAGGACAUGAAAAAGGAGAUUUAUGCAACAGAGGAGAACAAAUUAGCAAAAAUAAAAGCUGAAGCAAGAAAGAAAAGAGAARAAAGAGAACAAAUAGAAAGAAUGAAAGAUGUAGAGGAUAGAAGAAGGUCGUAUGCUAUUGAAGAACAGUUUCCAGAAUGGACUUCAGAUUGGAAAGGAUUCAUACCCCUUGCUGUUAUUCAAAAUGCACUUCUUUCAUAUCAAGAGCUAGUGGCAACAAUGUCAGAAGAAAUCAAAAAGGGUGCUCAUUUCUGUGUUCCAUUGGAUCCCACUGAUACAAAAGGRAAUGUUUUGGAUCUAGAUGCAUACAAACAGUUCAUGAAGCCGUAUUCAGGAAACAUAUCUGCACAAGCCUUCAAUAUCCUACUUGGUCAYCURACAUUGUGUGCCAAAGAAUAUCGAGCUGCAAGCCUUAGACAAGCUGUUCAGUUGAUGCUGCAAAACUUGUUCUUAGCACUUGAUGUAAAUAAGGUUGGUCAACUUGACCGUCAACGUGUGCUUGAGUUAUUUGGUGUCUUUUACGAUAAAGCUCCAGACAAAGAUAAAAUUGUCCUGAGAAAUCCUCGACAAUGGCCUGUCAUUGAAGUUGAAGAAGCAAGUUUUCAGGAUAGCGAAGAAGAAGAGGAAGAGUCUGUCUUAAGUGAAGAGCUGACGGAAAAACCCAAAGGAGAAACAAAAGAAAUACCUAAACAACAAGAAGAAGAGAAACAAGAUCAGACGGAAGGAGAACAUCAACAAGAAGGGACCAAGAAUGAUGAAAAGAAAGACGACGAAGAAGCAAAACAAGUUAAAGAGGAAGAGAGUCAACAAGAAGAAGGAGAGAAGAAGGAAGAAGAAGACAAACCUGGAAAUGAAGAAGAGAAGAAUGAUGAACAUGAAAACGAAGAAGAGAAGCAGCAGGAAGAAGGCAAAGAGAUGGCAAACGAUGAAAAUAAACAAGAGUUGCAAGAUGAAACRCAAAAUGAACCCGAACAGACGGAGAAACAGAACGAAGAAGACAAAAAAGACGAAGGUCUGAGUGAAGAAGACAGAAAACUGCUCGACUCAAUUCCUGAUGAAUUCGAGUCUUCAGAAGAUUCAGAGUCUAAAACUACAGGAAGUGUUUUUAAACCAGACACGCAGUCAGUAGUCGAAGGGUCAGCAUUUGAUGAGAAUUCGUUGAACCAAUCACAGUUUGUUCAUCUCUCUCAGAAGUUCUUGGGUGACGCUCCCAAAAGGUAUGUUUUCCUACAAAGACAUGUGCGCUACACAAACGCCAGUCACGAAGGCGAAUGUUAUGACUAUUUUCAGGCGCGUCAAGAUGCCUUCUCUGCCAAAAAGCGUCGUCUCAUCGACCAAUUGUUCGAUUUGUGGGACAUCGAUACAUCGGGUUUCAUCGAGGUUGAAAAAAUACAAGUUGUGUUGAAUAAAUGGACAACUGACAACGACCCUUACCCUACCGCAUACGAAGCACUAAGUAAAAUCAAAACAAAACUCGAUCGACAAGAAUUCCGUGAUUGUAUUAACGGCAUCUUUAGUGGACUUGAAGAAGGAGAGGAUGAGUUUGAGUUGUUCAUCAAGUUUUUAAUGACCAGCGUCGAGCGGUCAUUCGAAGAGCGCAGGCGUAGUGAGACACGUAAGCGUUGGCUAGGUGCCAUCGAUCUUUCCGCGCAAACAAGUGGCGCGAACCUCGACCCAGUCUACAACACGGUCUUCCAGAUUCUUUACAAAGACGCCGAGGAGCAUGGUCGCAAUAAAACUAUCAGUGCAUUCGUUAGUAUGCUUGAAAACAACGUUGAUAUAGAGACAAUCUCUCGGGGUGAUACAAUGCUGAGAUACGUGGCCUGCACACCAGAAGACAUUGGCUUUAUGUUGGGUAAAACGUUGUAUAGAAAUAUGAAAGCWGUCAGCUGGGCAGCGGUUGAUACCGGUAAACCUAUACAUGUCCCUAAAGUCGGCAGCCAUGGAGGGGUACACUUCUGGAAUCUUUCGAGAAAACCUGAGAGUACAGAUGGAUCUCUAAUCGUACUACCACUMAAGGACCACGAGAAACGAGUCAUUGGUUUGCUGGGUAUCGACACUCUGAACGACCAGCAUAAAAUACAGUUUAUUACUCACGAAAUCACUUUCUACCAGGGUGCAGCCAAGGCUCUAGGUCAAGCUAUUCAAUUCAUAGAUGUACGUAAAAAGACGUUGCGUGUGGCRGAGUCAGCGGUGAAGUGGAUUCUUCGACGAAGCCAAAACGUACAGAAUGUUAACGUGUAUUUAGUCGAGCCUGGACUAAGGCCAGCAGAUGGCAUGGUUGUGCGUCGUAUGAUGGUGCUUGGUCAUAAUGGAUUUGUACAGCGAUUUAGCAACCCGACAAGACUUGACAGAAAAGACAAUCUUUUCAGGGAUUAUUUGUUCAAGUGUAUUGAAAGUUCAGAGACGAUUACAGCCGACGCGUACGGUGAACGUCACAUGGCGUUUCCGUUACGUGACGCAGAAGGUCGCGCCGUUGCCGUUGUUGAUAUCAGUAUUGGCGCGUUAAAAGCGUUACCAACGCACGAAAAUAAAGAAAUUCAAAGAAUGUUACGCUUGCUGGCCAUGGCGCAUAGGGAGGUCGCACGUGAGGUAGCGGGAAUGGAAAAGAACAUUGUACUGGAGGUUGAAAAAGAAUUCGAAAGCGCACGUAUCGAUGUUCUAUUUGAUCGUCUGAUGCUACUUGAUUUGAGAGAAAAUGUCGGGAGGCUGGACGCCAGAGCGUUUGCGGAAAUCAAGAGCUACAAGGACCCCCCUAAAGUAAUCCAUGACAUACUAAAGGCCGUUCUAGGGAUCUUCAAUACCGAUAUUGAGCUGCAAGCUCGGUUCGAGGAGUGGACCACAUGUAAGCAGUAUAUAAACCAAGACUUAGUGAAAAAUAUCACAUCGUACGAUCCGACAGCGCGGGAAAAUGUCGUUAAAGUGGACGCAAAGACUCURGCUAAAAUCUUACAAGACGUACCACAAGGAGCUGUUGCCAAACAUGGAUCUCUGCCUGCACAGUACUUGUUUAACUGGGCGUUUGUUUGUCUGUCACUUAUUGAACACACGGAUAAGAUGACGGAGACUCGACCAGGCAAGGUUAUUAGUCCUCACGCUACAAGCUCACUCAUGGUUGACCAYGGRAAAGGACGAAGAGAUUCGCCYACAGAGACAAUCAAUACCACUUCUAGGACAGCAAACACUGCUGUGGAUAUUUAGAUAUUUGGAUAAUAUUAAAAUAUUUUUGUAAGAAUAACGACAUAAUUUACAAAAAUAGCAGUUAACUUAGUAUGGAGAACAAUGAAUUUCUCGUGCUAGUUUUCACAUACAUAGAGUCUUCCAGACUCAACCCGUGUGAAACACUUGGUCAAUGUUCACGUAUUAUUCAGUAAAAGCAAAGGAAAACAGUUCAAUUACGGACGACUGCUAGCAAGUAGUCUAGUAAUAAAAAAAAACAUUCCUUAUCUCUUAAUUAUUUCACGGGUUGAGUGCUAAGUUGUUUUUACGACCCAAACAUAGGCCACCCAAUUAUUGCUUAAUAGAAAGAAAAGAAUGAAUACACACGCUUAUAUUAUAAAAGUCUGCGCAAAUCGUUCUUUUCUUUUCUCAAGCAAUAGUUUAGGCAGCCAAAAUGUUCGAGGGCGUGCUUUGAGAACCAGUGGAGAAAUGUCCGAGAACAGCCUUAGUAACGAUCACAAAAUGAUGCUCUCACAAUACAAUGAUAUGUCAGAUGCAAGGAUAAAUGUGUGAUUUAAAGACAAGUAUUUAUUUUUGUAAAUGAAAACAAAAACAUUUUCAAUAAAACUAGUUUUAUGCC